AUGAAUACCAUCAAAAACACCGGCAGCUGGAUCUCCCACAAGACUCAAGGCGGAGCUCACUCCGCCAGCAAGGAGACAAACAAACAGAUCGCUAAAGACCCAAACGUCCGUGCCUCGACGCGCCUCCGAGCUGCAGGCGAUGCUAUCAAGGACAAGUUGCACGAGUCGUCCCACAAACGCCAGGCUGAUGUAGACAAGCAUGCCGCCAAGCACAAUUACUAG